AUUUAUUUCCUGCACAGGUGACAUAUAAUGUACACUUUUUUACCUCGAGAUAUCUGAAAAAUAUCAAUCAAAAUGAAGACAUCAGUAGUGAUAUUAGCAUUGUCUUUCUUGGAGUUUUAUCAUUGUUAUGAAAACCUCUGUAGAAAAAAUUCGACGACAGUAUUACAGAGUUCAACGUUCGUAAAUCACAAAGCAGCGUUGGCAGUUGACGGUGAUAUACGUACAACUGAUCGUUAUUGUUCUCAUACUGACGUAAAUCAAACAGUCGCUUGGUUUCAGGUCGAUCUUGGUAAACCUUACAGCAUAAAAAACGUGACACUGUAUUAUAGAAAAGACGGACUUGGAGAUAAAGAUUGGCAACCUUACAGAUUCAGACAAUUUUAUCUUGAUGUAUCAGACCUUCCAGCAUCGCAGAAAACAACAGCACAUAGAACCCGCUGUUACACUGACAACACAACACAUCCUGACGUACUUCCACAUAUAAUAGACAUCCCCUGUAAACACACAGCUCGAUACGUCAUUGUGGAGACAACGUAUGAUGCUCCUGAAGAUGAUCCUGUAGCGGGGGCCAUGUUAGAAAUAUGUGAAAUAGAAGUUUCUGGAUGCGAGACUGGACAAUAUGGUGAUGAUUGUUUACCUUGUCAAAGAUGUGAAACAUGUGAAAUAAACAGUGGAAUGUGUGAUUGUUUAGCUACGUGUAUAAAUCAAACAUGUAACGACACUAAUGGACAUUGCACGUUUGGUUGUGCGACUGGAAAUUGGGAUCCUAAAUGUGGAUCAGUAUGCCCAGCUAAUUGCCAAGAUCGGAAGUGUUUCCGAGAAAAUGGAUUGUGUGAAACUUGUAAGCAGGGUUAUUGGGGAAACUACUGCAACCAAACAUGCUCAACAUUUUGUAACGAACAUAUAUGCAGCAAAUCUGAUGGUAGAUGUAAUAAAGGCUGUAACAUGGGAAAGUAUGGUGACUUUUGCGACAAAGUAUGUAGUCCGGGCUGUGUAAAAGGAUCGUGUGAUUUACAAAGUGGAGCAUGUUCUAACAGAUGCUACCAAAAUUGGAUGGGGACACGUUGUGAUAGGUGUGAUUCCACACAUUAUGGUUUAAAUUGCACCAGGAGAUGCAGCGUAAACUGUACCAUUGGUUGUACCAAAGACACCGGAGUCUGCUAUAGUUGUGUAGAGGGAAAGUUUGGAGAAUAUUGUGACAAAAAGUGUGGUAUUGGAUGUGUAUCUGGUUGUGACCAAUACAGUGGUCGGUGCGUGUGUAAGCUUGGAUGGCAGAGUGACAGAUGUAAAGAUUGCAGUCCUUUUCAUUAUGGUGUGGACUGUUACCAAAAAUGCAGCUCGAGUUGUCUGUAUGGAACAUGCUAUACAACAAACGGAACAUGCAAGGGUGGUUGCAAAUGUAGCGUUGUAGAAGAAUUAAUUCAGCAGGUUCAGCACUUAAAGAAAGCUAACAUAGAAACCAUUCUUUUCGUGGUAACAGGGCUUUUAGGUCUGAGCCUCGUUUUAAAUCUGUUUUUCAUUCUACGGAGAGUCAGAUGUAAAGUUUGUGAGAGUACAGCACAAGAAGAUUCAACAAGUCUCCAGAUGAUAAGCAGAGUAUCAUGCAAUGAAACUUAUUAUCUUAACCCUAUAGAUCUUUUAAACGGAGAUCCAAAGGAAGAGUCAUGCAUUUGUGAGGAAGAUGUUGAAGGAUGCCCUCAACCACAUUACGCACACAUCCAGAAAACCUCUGAUAUAAGAAACGAUGAGAAAACGUAUGAGAAAAAGUGACAAAUUUGUAUGAAAACGUAAUAGUAUACAUAAUUGUAUACAUUCAAAUUAAGGUAUAAAUGUUGUUUUUGACAAUUGCAUCGCUGGAGUCGAAACUCGUUUAAUAUACAUAUAUACAUGUAUAUAUUAUGAUAAAUACCAUUUUUUUUCGCAAUCUCGUCGCUGCAUCGAUUCUUGUA